AUGGACACCAAAAACAUUUACGCUAACACCUACCCAUCAAAGUUUCAUCACUUUCUAUCUCUUCACCACCCCCAGAGGAGUAAGAAAUCUCUCUUUGCUAUUCUGUCUCUUCUUCUGCUUCUCCUCUUAGCUUACAAUGGCGUCUCUUUAUUCUGUUUAGAUGUCACAAAGUUCUCUUCUUCUUUGAUGUACGCACCGAAAGUUGAAAACCAACCUUCUAUUCCCACAACCCGUUUGUCCCUUUUGAAGAAUUCACGAACUUGGGUGCUUUUCAAGAACGGUUCUUCGAUUCAUAAGCCGAAACAGAGGCAAAAACAGAGACCAACCGUGUUCAAGUUUCUGGGCUCGAAAGCUAGGACAGAGCAGUUUUCGGCAAGAGUGAAGGAGUUUUUCGAUGAAAAGUUAUCGAAUUCUUCGUGCAAUGUUAAGUUUUUCAUGACUUGGAUUUCUUCGUUAGAGUCAUUUGGUGAAAGAGAAUUGUUUACAAUAGAGAGUCUGUUCAAGUCACACCCAAAUGGCUGUUUAAUCAUAGUAUCAGAUUCAAUGGAUUCCAGAGGCGGACUACAACUUCUAAGGCCAUUUUCGGAUAAAGGUUUUCGAGUGACAUCAAUUUCGCCAGAUUUCGAUUACUUGCUGAAAAACACGGUGGCUGAAUCUUGGUUUGAUCGGUUAAAGAAAGGGGAUGUCAAUCCCGGGUGGGUCUCAUUGGGUCAAAACCUCUCCAAUCUGCUCAGGCUUGCUCUGCUCUAUAAAUUUGGAGGUGUAUACAUAGACACCGAUGUUAUAAUUUUGAAGAGCUUUGCCCCAUUGAGAAAUUCAAUAGGAGCACAGACUGUGGAUGUUGAAACCGGGAAUUGGAGCAGAUUGAACAAUGCUGUGAUGAUAUUUGACCAAGGUCAUCCACUUGUUUACAUGUUCAUUGAAGAAUUUGCACUCACUUUCAAUGGCAACUUGUGGGGUCACAAUGGGCCUUACUUGGUUUCAAGGGUUGUGUCCAGGGUGAAAACAAGGCCUGGAUGUGACUUCAAUGUGUUGCCUCCCACCGCGUUUUAUCCGGUUGGUUGGACUGUAAUUCGAACUCUGUUCGUUGGCGGGACGGCGAAUGAUGAGGCUCAUUCCAAAUGGUUGAAUGCUAAGCUGACGCAAAUCCGCGGCCAAAGCUUUGCGGUGCACCUUUGGAAUAGACAGAGCAGGGAGCUUAAGGUUGAAGAAGGAAGCGUCAUUGGUCAUAUAAUGCAAGAUUGCUGUGUCUUGUGCAAUUCUUCGGCUUCGACUUUUUAAGUAUAGAAUGAGCUAGGAUGAAGGAUAUGAAUCCUCUCUUAUACAAUGUUAAUUUAGUGUUGUUGUUUGGAUGUGGUUAGGAAAAUGAUUAGUGGUCUGA